AUGCGUCUCAGUGACACCUUGCCCGAUUUCACUGGUUCCCUUCUCGAUGAUGAACGCUUAGAAAUCCUCGAAUGUUUGGGCUCUGGAGCGUACGGAAAGGUCUACAAAGCGGUUGAUCGCACCUCGUCCCCGGAAUCGCCAUCGUACUUCGCUGUCAAAUGCCUUCUAAAGCCCAAGGCGGGAAGCAGAGAGGAGGAGUUCCAGUUACGCGAGAUCGCUCUCCAUAAGAAAGUAUCUGGUCAUCCCAAUAUUCUGGCGAUCCAUGAAGUUCUCUACGACGAUUUCUUUGUAUAUGUCAUUCUGGACUUUUGCGAUGGAGGAGAUCUUUUUGCCGCUAUUACCGAGACCGUGACGUUCAACCGUGCGGAUGAAAGCGUUCGGGACGUGUUCGUACAACUCUUGGACGCUGUUCGGCAUUGUCACGACCUGGGGGUUUUUCAUCGUGACCUCAAGCCAGAGAAUGUGCUUUGUUCGAAAGACACUUCCUAUGUGCGUAUCGGCGAUUUUGGUCUUAGCACAGACAAGCGCAUAUGCCAAGAUUUUGGGUGCGGUAGUUCUUACUAUAUGAGUCCAGGUCAGUUAUUCGUUAUCGUUCGUUAUAUGCGUAUGGAUGACUGCAUGCAAUGUACGCUAGAAUGUCUCGGUAAAGAAGGUCAACGCUCCUCCUAUUCCCCUCGUCAAAAUGACGUUUGGUCUCUUGGUAUUAUUCUUAUCAACCUUAUCACGUCUCGUAACCCCUGGAACUUGGCCGUUUCUAAAGAUCAACAUUUCGCAAGCUUCCUGGAGAAUGGCAAUUAUCUUAGAGAUCUUCUUCCUAUAUCCGACGAAGUCCAUCACAUUCUUACCCGCAUAUUUGAACUCAAUCCGUUGCGUCGGAUAUCCAUUCCCGCCCUUCGGAGGGCAAUGCUAGAUGUCAAAUCUUUUCAUCGAGCUGUGCUUCCAAAGUCCAUUGAUACUCGGAAUUCAGAAAGAGAGGUCGUUACUCAUUACACCGACGAGAUCUCAAGCACAAGCAAGUUUAUUUCGGAGUUAUCUUUGAGCUCUGUGCAAGUGUCCGUCAAACCAGUCGGACCUACUCCUCUCGACGAACUCCUCAGCGGUAUACUACGGAUCUCGCACCAUGUGCCAAAGGAUACUAUGCCCAAGUCCUACUCGCGAUGGUGCGGAACUUCUGUUUCAGAUUCAGAUAAAAGCGAUGUCGGUCCGGAAACUCCAGCCUCAAAGGCAGUCGAGCCCGAGGUUGAGGUCGAAAUACCUGAGAUGCAAUUGGAUGGAGCUGUCGCAAGAGAAAAGGAUUUUCCUACCCCAAAGAUCCGACAGCAACCGUUCAUAGUCAGAGCAAAAGCGGCGGCAGUUUCACCCCCAAGAUAUCUAGCCAAGCAAUUGGCGAUGUUGAUUCGGUAG